UGGCACUGGCUCUCGUGCAACGUACGUGUUGUUAAGCGAACAUACACGAUCCGAACAAUUAACUGCACAAACGGAUCGCAAAAUUAUACAGCUAGCUGUGUAUGUCGUAUGCGGAUGUACAUAAAAGGACCUGAGAUUUUGACACGAAUUUUCUUUCCCUGUUAGUGUUUUCAAACUAGUCUGAUAAAGCCGGGAAUUUGUACUAUAAAGAAUUUAGGAAAAAACUGUUGGAGACUGCAGAUUAAGCGAGUAUCAUCAGCAUACAACACCAGCUUGUGACAUCAUGGCUGACCGCAAAGACGGUGAAGACGAUAAGAUCUAUGGUGGAUGCGAGGGACCAGACGCCCUCUAUGUCAAGCUGGUGUCGUCCGACGGCCACGAGUUCUACGUGAAACGAGACCUCGCCCUGACGUCUGGAACGAUAAAGGCCAUGCUGAGCGGACCAGGUACAUUUGCGGAGCAUGAAGCCAAUGAAGUCUGCUUCAGGGAAAUCCCCUCACACGUGCUCUGCAAAGUCUGCAUGUACUUCACUUACAAAGUGCGCUACACGAACAGCUCCACGGAGAUUCCCGAGUUUCCCAUUGCGCCGGAAAUUGCCCUGGAGCUCCUCAUGGCAGCCAACUUCCUGGACUGCUGAUGGGAAGAGCUUCCCGAAGUUGGCUGCCGUUUUCCUCCCAUAAUAUAGGAAAACAUUAAGCCCAUUAUUCUGCUUAUGUCCAUUGCUCCCCCAAUUUAUUUCCCACAGUACAAACUUUAUGGUAAUUUUAAGACCUUGAAUGUUUUGCGGAUUUCUUGUUUUUGGAAUUACAAGUCCGUGAGUCAGUAGUCACUCUUGAGGAUACAUUUGUAUUGUGGAGUAGCAUCUCGCCCUCUUGGAACCAGACCAAGAUGUCUGCCACACAGUUGAGGUCUUCUGCUUAUUGUUGCACUCAUACAUGCCCAGUGUCAGCAAUGUAUUUAGUCUAAAAGAAUUGUAGCCUGUAAAGAUAUAAUAUUGCUGUUGCUUUGUUAGUUUAUUGAUUUAAAAUAUGUAAUUUAAAAUGGGGCAACUAAAAAACAGGUCAUGCAUGUAUUUCUGGGACAUUCUGCCGUUCUUUAUUACUGCAGAAGGCAAGCAAAAUGUUUGUGUGUGACGACUUGAAUUAAAACAAUACUUUAAUUAACUAGCUAGCAUGCUUAAUUAAAAACUACCUGUAUCCUGAGGGUUAAAUAAGUUAAGGCAUGAAGAAUUGUAACCAUUUCUUACUUUAUAUUCUGUCAAAGCAUGUCACGUUUUGCAGAUUUUUUUCCCCUCCAUUUAUCAAUUUGUAUCUAUGUAUAGCUUAUUUUGAUGUUGAACAGUUAUUCUAGUGUGUAGCUUAACUUGUUUUUUAAUUUGAUUUGACACAUUUAUGGGGUAUUUUGAAACAUUAACCUUAAUAUCUUAAAGACAUUUUUCUCCUUCCGAAUCCAUCUGCUCGUCAAGUUUCGAAUGUGAAAUUCGUUUACGCAUGCUAAAUGCACUAGUUUGAAUCUUACAGCAAAUCUCACGCAUCGAGGUGUCCGAGUUUGAUGUGCACUUUUUUGAUGUGCACUUUUAUAAAGUGUAUGUGGUGGGCAGCUGUGUUAAGCAGGCACAACUAGAAGUAUACAUGUGUGUAGCAUUUUAAAGAGUAAACUAAACGCACAAAAAGUUGCAUAAGCAUCUGAUGUAGCUUCAUGCAACUUUUUUGCUUUAGUUUGUCAUUAAAAGUGCUACAUACGAAUAAUUCUGUGCUUUUUGGCAGUUUUUUUCCCAUCUUGCAUUUAGUUAAUAAACAAACAUUAAGAUAGCAAAAUAUUCCUGCUUUUUAUUUUAAUCUCCAAGUUACAAAAGAUAGUUUUUGCUUUAAACAUCACAUUUCUCUGUAUGUAUGCCUUAAUACACCAGAUUUUUUUUUAAAGCGAGUUUGAUUUUCUUGAUAUGCAAUAAAAUGUGUACAAAAAGUGCAA